AUUAAGCUUUAAGCUUUCUGACCCAAAUGGUUCCCAUGUUUUGCUCGUAAGUCUCAGAUUAGAUAUCAGGGAGCUCUCUCGAUCAUUCGCGCCAAAGUCCUGCAUUUACCCCCGGUCACUAAUGAUCUGAAAAGAUGAUCAGACGUGCCCCAGAUGGAAACUGAUGACCUCAAGGCGUCUCAACAUAUAGCUCCAGGAUAUGGCAGCGGGAAACCGUCAACUACCUUGGCAGCACAGUUGGCACCGCGUCUCCCAUCCCAAGGAAACCAGGCACAUGAUCUGAGCAAAGAGACCUUCUCCCUACUCCGUCGCGAGCUCGCUGGAGGGAAACACAGUCACCUUCAUUUUGAUGACAAGAUUACAGAUACUAGCAAACUAAUUUGCAUCGUGUUGAAAGCAGGGUUGGAGCCAUGUACAAAAGAUCCCAAACCUGACUCGCACGAUCAGAUCCUGGACUGUCUGGAUAUCAUCUUGGUAGCAAUUGAGAAAGCACCUCAGACACUUACGGAGUCCCCUGACCCAGAUGUUCUGGGGGAAAGCACGCAUGCUCCGUUAUACGCCUGGUUAGUCGUGCGAUUACUACAGUUGCUUGGUGUGUGGAAUAGCGAAGAUAUCAGCGGGAAGACUAGCAGCAUUUUCUUAAGCAUAAUAUGCGUCCAGAAUAGACAUUCUAGACUGUGGCCUUCUUGCCAUUCUACUGCUGGACUGCUACGAGCGUGCACAACGGAAAUCUUACUAUGCCUCGAGAACCUCGAUAUCUCUAGUCUGAGAACCGAUUCCGGUGUUGAUUUAAUUUUGCCGAGCAAAGGGGGGACUCUUUUUGUAAAUUUAGACAGACUCGGUCUUCCUCGCGGCCUUUUCGAGAAGUCAUUCAAGCUCGCAUCAUUGCCGCAGGCUCUCAAUACAGCUCUCCGCCUGCUCGAUUCAUUCAGAGUGAACAGAGACGAUCACUCUUGCGUAACAAGCAAGGAUUAUACUGUCCAACAGAAUGUAACCUGGCUUUUGAACGGAUAUCAACGCCUCUGGAACAUCACAUUUCACUGGCUCCAGUGCGCACAGCCAGAUACUAUAGAAAACAAAUACAAUGCAUGUUUGCAGUUUGUGGCAUGCAUUCGGUCAUGUUGCAAUAAGGCUGUGUUUUCACCACCGGAUAUCGAACUGACGUACGGCUUGCUUCGAAUUUUGGAGGACCUUUUCGCAUUGGACAAGCUUGACCAAUCUUCGGCUUUGCAGCGUGAGUUAGGCCAGCUUCUUGACACCUUCACUAACCGCUCCGAGUGUACCAGAGCGCUUAUUAAGUGCAUCCGAACUACCAUAUACCCAGCGCUUAGUGGUGUUUGUAAGAUGCCAUGUCGCUUCCAGACUUUUGAAAUACAGCUCCAGGUUGCAAUCCAGGGAUUUCUUGAAAAGUUCUCCCGCAUAUGUCUAGAGUAUGAUGAUACAGCUAUUACUUUCACGUCUUCAAAAAACGUCGUGUCGAAAACACACCCCUGUUUCCGACAAUUAGGACUUUCGAGCUCUACGGCCCAGAGUGAUCAGACUAUUCAGAUUACAAAACGUCGCUGUAUCCCUCGACUCAGCGAACAGUCGGGGCCGGGAGAUAUAGUUCUACAACUUAUAGCGGCGUCAUUCAAGUUGAUAGGUUUCGGAAACCCUGGAGGCUUGGGUGAUUUGUAUACGGCUGUUUCAACUACCUUCGCCAGCCUUGAUGAACAAGCAAAAUGCGAAUUUCUCAGCACUCUCGGAAAGAUCCCAUGUGCCAUGGCUGGGAGGCUGGAGAGAAUGGAUAGUAUAGCACCUAAUGGUACUCUACUUUGUCAUGUGUGUGACUACGAAAAUGGUGCGGGAUCAAGCAUAGAAUGUCCUGAAAUCGAUAAACUCUGCGAAAUUUUGGCCUUCGUCAUUCCUAGGCUUACGCGCACAUCAAGCCUAAGGAUCAAUGCGAUGAUUACUCUCAAGAGGACACUACUGCAUACAACGAACUCAACUUAUUCGCAGCUUGCUUCCUCUGUUUUUGGCGAAUUUUGUCUUCAUUCCCUCCGGAGCUCCAUCAGAGAACUGCGGAUUGUUACUGGGCACUCGAUUAUCGCUUUCAUUUCCAGGAGUGUUGACAACGAAACGCGUCGCAGUAACUUCGUUGUCAUUCUAGAAUGGUUGAGAGGAAUUUCAGAAAAGCAGGAGACGUCACUACACGAAACAUGCAUAUUGACGCUCUGUCGCCUUGCAACGCUUUCAAAUGAUGAAGAGAUGAACAUCAUUCUUAUUCGCCUGAUCGAAUUUCUGGGACACCCGAAUCCCUUCGUCUGUGGGGUGGCGUAUACUGAACUUUCGAAGCUUGCACAGCACCUCUCGGUCACUCCUGCAGGACUGUUCAGGCCUUUUUGGAGAACUCUUUCCGUGACAAUAGUGAAGAACUUCCAAUCACGUCCAUACAUGGCGGAACACCUCUGCGAUCUGUUGGGAAUGAAAGUAGACGAUUUCCUCAGGUUGACUGAGGUGUAUGUCUUACCUCAUCUAGUGCUUACACGAAAGCGAGAUAUCAUUGCCAGGGUUGGAGCGACUUACAAGGAUGCCAAGACCCCCUUUGAUCUUUGUUCAGAAAAAAAUAACCUGGCAGCAAUCCUGGCAUUCCUUUUGAGCCAAGCUUCAUCGAAUCCAGAACAUUUGGCCAUGUCUGCUUUAUCAGAGGUGGACCCUGCCUUCGAAGGCCGUACCUUAGCGGAGCUUGUACGGAUUGAGCCGAUUUUAAUUGCGUGUCACUUAUUCAAGGGUAUUGGGGAUUCUGUCGAUGAGAAGAGAGUAAUGUUCCAUCGCGCUCUUCAACUCCUAGCAGCCCUCGUCCCACGGAAGUCGGGACAUAUAUCACGGAAAGCUAAUUUGAUCGGUUACUUCAUUGAGGAGCAUAUCCUUGGUAUAAUUACAGAAUUUGCCCAUUCCAUCAACGAUUUUCAGAUCAGGCAACCUUUAGUUGAAAAGAAAAGAAAUAUCGUAGCUAUUGGAGAGAUGGUUAGGGUCGCUAGAGGGCACGUGGGUAGCGCGAUACCCCAGAUAUGUGCUUGCCUGCGAUCCGCCCUGGAAAUUGAGGAAUUGUGUAAUCCUGCCUUCACAGUUUGGGCAGUAUUGGUCAGCUCCUUGCACGACGAAGACAUUGAACCACUUCUAGAUCAGACUUUGUCCAUUGUGAUCAGAUACUGGAACAUGUUCACAGAGGAUACACGAAAAUGCGCCUAUGAACUUGUUGAGAAUAUUUUGAGAAACCACAGUGAACUAGUACGAGACGUAUUUCACACUAUGCCGUCCCUGGCUUCCAUUCCAGUGAUGUCCAAAUUUGAAGCCGAGCUUAGGGAAUUACGGGCGAAAAUGGAUGUUCGAAGCCAAUUUUUAGCAUUUGCUCGACGCUGUCAAAGUGAGAAUGCAGCUGUCGUCAACCAAGCUCUAACAGAGCUAGUGCCGUACCUCCUUGAACACGAGGAAUUUCUUCAUCGCACUGUCCUUAGCGAACAACCAGAUCCAGUUGUUGCUCAGUUAACUCGGUCUUUGCUCGAUUGCUGUGUGAAGUUCAACACUAGUUCAGACGCCAUAACUCUUCUCUCAACUCGAUGUAUAGGCCUUAUUGGCUGUUUGGACCCAAAUAGGGUUGAUUCGAUUAAAGACAAGAAGGAUAUACUCGUUCUAUCAAACUUUGAUAGCAUGGAAGAGACAUUCGACUUCAUACUCUUUUUCCUUCAACACGUGCUUGUUGAGGCAUUCUUAUCAGCAUCUAAUACUAGGGCUCAGGGAUUUCUUGCCUAUGCUAUGCAAAAUUUACUUAGAUUUUGUGGUCUAGAUUCAGCUGUCACCCAACGUUCUCGCAAUGUUCAGGGAGACGAAAAAUAUCGACGUUGGUUGGAACUUCCUGAGGCGGUUCGCAACACUUUGACCCCUUUUCUCACAUCCAAAUACACGGUCACAGUUGGCGCUGUCAACUCGAGCUGCGCCUAUCCAUUAUUCUCGGCUAAUUUAACGCAUGGUGAAUGGUUACGAACUUUUGUACAGGACCUACUACAGAGAGGGAGUGGUGACAAUGCGAGGCUUGUGUUCAGUGUAUCUAGUCGCAUUGUGAAAGGCCAGGACAUAUCUAUAGCGUCUUUUCUUCUACCUUUUGCAGUGCUGAACCGUAUAGUUGGUGGCACUCAGAAAGAAAAGGAAGAUUUGCUGCACGAGCUGACAAGCGUUUUAUCACACCCGCUUCCAGACACCACGAACCAUCUCCAUGAAGCUAUCCUGCUGUGCAGUCAGAGCAUUUUCGAGGUUCUCGACUACCUUUCGAGAUGGCUACAAGGGAAAAAAAAGCAGCUCAAUGUUCUUAGAAACCACAGUCACCAUGCAAGUCGUUCUCACAGGGAGACAUGUCCGGAUCCACGUUUAGAUACAUAUUUACCCCAAGCUAAGGCUGUCGAAUCCCUUCUAGCUUCGAUACCACCUGAGGUAAUCUCUAAAAGGGCCGUUGAGUGCAAGUCGUUCUCAAGAGCACUUUUUCAUUGGGAACAAUAUAUUCGCCAGUCUCGGAACAAACAAAUGGGGUUUCGCAUUGAACCUCUGUAUCAACGCCUCCAGGAUAUUUAUAGCCAGAUCGACGAGCCAGAUGGUAUUGAGGGCAUAUCGAAUCACUUACAUGCGCUCAACAUUGAUCAACAGGUCCUUGAACAUCGCAAGGCAGGAAGAUGGGCAACUGCGCAAAGUUGGUAUGAGCUACAGCUCGAGAAGGAGCCUAAUGAUCUUGAUGCCCAGUGGAAUCUUUUAACAUGUCUCAAAGAAUCGGGACAACAAGAUGCUAUUCUCACACGAUUUGAUGCCUUCCGGGAAACUGACGCCGGCUCUAAGUUUCUCCCGUUCGCAAUCGAGGCCUCAUGGAUCUCGGGAAAAUGGGAGAAACUGCGCAGUUAUCUUCGACUUUGCUCUCGUCAAGGGACAGGAGAUUUUAACAUCGGGGUGGGAUUAGCGCUUGAUGCCAUUCGCCAGGGUGACAAAAAGAAGUUUGGGGAUAUUAUCAGUGACCUGAGGCUCAGUGUUGCAAAGUCUCUCAAUGUCAAUUCUGUGGUAUCGUUACAGUCAUGCCAUGAUAGCAUCCUCAAGCUGCAUGCCUUGGCGGAGAUGGAAUACAUAUCUAGCUUCCGUUCUGGAAGUGAAGAAAUCGAUACGCUUUCCGAAAUGCGCAAUGCUCUGAGUCGCCGCUUAGAUAUUUUGGGAGGUCAUAUAUCUGACAAGCAGUAUCUUCUUGGUUUAAGGCGAGCUAUGAUGGAGCUGACGCACAACUUCCCUAGUUCAGACGUAGCUGAUGCCUGGCUCGCCAGUACUCGCCUUUUGCGUAAGGGCAAUUUCACUAACCAAGCAUAUCAGUCGAUGCUUCACGCAGCCCGUUUGAGAGAUAGAUCGGCCACUAUCGAGCACGCUAGACUUCUAUGGAAAGACGGUUAUCAUCGGAAAGCAAUACAGACAUUGGAAGGUGCAAUAGCUGCCAAUGAAUUUGCUCCAGACACAUCAUCGGACGGCCGUGACUCUGGCGGUCUAGCCUCAGACCGCGAAAAGCAUCAAAAUCUACUCGCUGCUAGGGCUCAUCUCUUGUUAGCGAAAUGGACAGACAGAGCCGGACAGACCCAAUCGGAUGUUAUAGUGCAGAGAUACCGAGAGGCCAUCUACCUACAUUCAAGGUGGGAAAAGGCCCAUUAUUAUCUGGGGAAGCAUUACAAUAAAAUCCUAGAUUCAGAGAAAGCUAAACCAUUGGGAAAAGAGUCCCAGAUAUAUUUAAGUGGCGAGGCUUCAAAGUUAGUCAUUGACAAUUAUCUUCGAUCCUUAGCGCAUGGCAACAAAUACGUCUUUCAAUCAUUGCCCAAAGUUCUCACCCUUUGGCUGGAGCAUGCUUCCACUGUUGAUCAACCUUUUGAUCCAAAAAGGGGAAACAAUGAGGACUUUCAGAUUCACACUUUGAACCAAAGGAGGAAAAUUCUUGAUGAUAUGCAUUCGCAAUUAAAAAAAUAUGUCAAUCGAAUGCCGGCUGCGCUGCUGUUCACAAUCCUUCCUCAAGUGGUUGCGAGGAUCUGUCAUCCGAAUGGAACUGUCUAUGACCUGUUGACGAAGGUAGUAGCUAAAGCAGUAAAUUUCUUCCCUCAACAGGGACUAUGGAUAGUGCUUGCUGUGGUAAAGUCCUCCUCCAAAGACAGGGCAUCUAGGGGCAUCAACUGUCUUCAAAGGAUCACGGAAGUAAACAAGAAGUUGAAGACGGAGACACCAUCAGAUAUGCGUGCAAUGAUAAAUCAGGGGCAAAAGUUCUCCGAAGAAAUGCUAAAACUCUGCGUUGCGCGCAUUGAGGACAAGGUCUCGAGGAUCAACCUAGCCCGGUUUUUAGGGUUCAACCAUAAAGUAGCCCCUUGUCGACUUGUCGUGCCAUUUCAGUCGUUGUUAACUCCGACCCUACCAACCAGCCAUGAUGGGGAGUACUUGAAAGAAUUUAGGGCUUUCCCCCGAGAUCCCACGACUAUCGAAGCUGUCCUUGACGAUGCGCAAGUUCUGAAUUCGCUCCAAAAGCCUCGUAAAAUCGGUGUUCGAGGGUCGGACGGAAAGGUCUACAAUAUCCUCUGCAAGCCCAAAGACGACCUCCGUAAAGACCAACGCCUCAUGGAGUUUAACAAUAUGAUCAAUAGGUUCCUAAAAAGAGACGUUGAAUCGAGUAAACGACGCAUGUAUAUCAAAACAUAUGCCGUUACCCCUCUCAACGAAGAAUGCGGGUUGAUUGAAUGGGUUGAUAAUCUCAGAACGUUGAGGGAUCUUGUUGUCAAGUUGUUGAGGGAACGUGGCAUAACGCCAAAUUACACGGAAAUCAGGCAUUAUCUCAACGAAGCAUGCUCCGAGAUCUCAAAAUUGCCUUUGUUUACAAUCAGGGUUCUAGCAAAGUUUCCUCCAGUCUUACAUGAGUGGUUUGUUGAGAUGUUUCCAGAGUCAGGAGCAUGGUUUGCGGCGAGACUUCGGUAUACUCGAUCCUGCGCCAUCAUGUCAAUGGUUGGAUACGUCCUAGGGCUCGGAGAUCGACACGGUGAGAAUAUUCUCUUUGAGGAGGGCACUGGUGGUGUUCUGCAUGUCGAUUUUAAUUGUCUUUUUGACAAGGGUUUGACAUUCGAUAAACCGGAACUGGUCCCCUUUCGUCUCACGCAAAAUAUGGUUGAUGCCUUUGGUGCUUAUGGGUAUAACGGGCCGUUCCGUAAGACAUGCGAGAUAAUCCUUGGUCUGCUCAGACAAAACGAGGACGCGCUGAUGACUGUACUCGAAACAUUCCUACACGAUCCAACAACAGACUUCAUUGGAAAGAAACGCCGCACCCAUGUCAGUGUUCCAGAGACACCUGCAGGUGUCCUCGAAAAUGUUCGUAACAAACUCCGUGGUCUUCUACCUGGCGAAUCUGUUCCACUGUCGGUGGACGGGCAUGUGGAUGAAUUGAUAAUGCAAGCGACUGACAAAAAGAACCUGGCGGCGAUGUAUAUUGGUUGGUGUGCGUUCUUCUAGACACCUACUCGUUAUCAACUAGCAUACUUCAUCCUCGGUCUCACGUACUUCUCUCGCAAAGUGCCUGUUCAA